UUUUCAUUUAAAACCCUAAACCACCAGAGGAGACAAACCAGUUCCCUCCCUCAUCCACGAAACCAUGAAGUUCCGAUCUACGCACAGGCUCCCCGUUUUCCUCAACUCUCAUCAGUUCAACUAUCGCCGUCUUCAUCACCGCCAUUUCUUCAUUUCUUUCCACAAGAAAUUUCAUUCGACGUCGCCGACUCGUGCCGCUUUUAGCAAUGCCGACGGUGGCAACUCUAAAGGCAAUACUUUCCUGGUACCUGGUGCAACUGCAGCUACCUUACUUAUGCUUGGUGCGCUGCAUGCUCGUCGGAUGUAUGAUGACAAAAAGUUGGAAGAGGCACGAGAGAAAGGGGUUGAAAUUGAAUUCCAACCUGAUGCAAAAGCUUCAUUUUUGAGGAUGCUACCCUUACGCUCCAUUUCCAGAGUUUGGGGUUCUUUAACAAGUGUGGUGAGGAUUCCUUUAUUUUUAGGAUGCCUGUUGAUUCUUAAGCUUUUGGAUGUGAAGUUAUUAAAAAACAUGUACUUUCAGGAACUCCCUAUCUGGCUGCGCCCAUAUGUCUAUAAAGCUUGGGCAAGAGCAUUUCAUUCAAACUUGCAAGAAAUGUCUCUCCCUCUCGAAGAAUAUUCUUCUUUACGUGAAUUCUUUGUCCGCACAUUGAAAGAAGGGUCCAGGCCUAUUGACCCUGACCCACAUAGUCUGGUAACUGGUAACAAGCUUCUUGCUGAUGUUUCACAUCCAUACUGCUGUUUUUGGAGAUAGUGCCAAGCAGUGAGUAGUCUGUAGAGCAUCUCAUUUUGCAUUUUUGCAAUCUCAGGCCAGUCCCGUAGAUGGUACAAUUCUAAGAUUUGGGGAAUUGAAAGGACGAGGGGCUAUGAUUGAACAAGUCAAAGGGUUUUCGUAUUCUGCUUCUUCCCUACUCGGAGCUAGCUCCUUCCUUCCUAUGGUAGCUGAAAGGGAUGUGCCUGAGGAAACUAGCGAAGACCGAAGUGACCAUAAAGAGAACAGCCAAAACGCACAAUGGAGAAUUUCAUUGUCUUAUCCUAAAGCCAGGGACACAGUGAGGGCAACAAGUCCAGGGAAAGGACUUCACUACUGUGUAAUUUACUUGAGACCUGGAGACUAUCACCGCAUACACUCACCAGUUGAUUGGAAUAUUCUCGUUCGCCGUCACUUUUCAGGACGCCUUUAUCCAGUGAAUGAACGUGCAGCAAGAACAGUCAGAAAUCUGUAUGUUGAGAAUGAAAGGGUAGUAGUUGAAGGUCUAUGGAAUCAGGGAUUCAUGGCCAUGGCUGCAGUUGGUGCUACCAAUAUUGGAUCGAUUGAGCUUCUCAUUGAGCCAGAGCUUAGAACAAACCUGCCAAGAAAGCUGCCAUCUACUUCUGAUCCUCCAGAAGAACGGGUUUACGAACCUGAAGGCAUCGGAAGACUAGUCAAGAAAGGAGAUGAGAUAGCUGCUUUCAACAUGGGUUCAACAGUCGUGCUUGUCUUUCAAGCUCCUAUGUCGAAACCAGCCAAAGAUGGAAGCCCAUCUUCAGAAUUCAGGUUCAACAUCAAACGUGGUGAUCGAGUUCGAGUUGGAGAAGCACUUGGCACAUUCCAUGAUGUAUAGAUUACAGAAGCAUUUGCUCAUUUGCUGAAGUUGUAUGGUUCAGCUAAGCAAAGCAGACAUCCGAGUGUUUCAUACUUCCACUGAGAUUCACUGCUGUACAACCUCCAUGUUGUCAACUUUGGCAAAGUUUACUUGUGAAAGUUCGUUGUAAUUUUAGGGAACAGUCGCUGGAAUUUACUGGGUUACUCCCGAGUCAUGAUCUACACCUUGUGUGAGACAUUGCCAUAUGGGAAUUUUGAUCCCCGGAAGGGUUAGUAAAAUCGUGCUGAAGAUCUACUGCUUGUGUGAAAAUGUAUCGAGCCUAAUCAUUCAAGGUUUUAGGGUAAAGGAGUGAAAAUUGAUC